UCCUUUUGGUGACAAGCCCUUGGAAAAACACCACGGAAAUGGAGGCCAGAGAGGAGUGCUUUCUUAAACCAAGGCAAGUCUUGCUUCUCUUUGUUUUUCUAGGAGGGUCUCUUGCUGGGUCCGGGGCUAGGCGCUAUUCUGUGGCCGAGGAAAAAGAGAAGGGCUUCUUAGUAGCCAAUCUAGCGAAGGAUCUGGGACUCAGGGUAGAAGAACUGGCUGAAAGGAGAGCUCAGGCUGUCUCCAAAGGGAACAUACAAUAUUUUCACCUCAGCCAUCAGACCGGAGAUUUGCUCUUGGUUGAGAAAUUGGACCGGGAGGAGCUGUGCGGUUCCACAGAGCCUUGUGUGUUGCACUUUCAGAUAUUGCUGCAUAAUCCUUUGCAGUUUAUUACAAAUGAGCUAGAGAUCAUAGAUGUAAAUGACAAUGCCCCGGAGUUCUUUGAAAAUGCAAUGCAGCUCAAAGUGCUGGAGAGCUCCCCACCCGGAACAAUAAUUCCCUUGGGAAAUGCUGUGGAUCUGGACGUGGGAAGAAACGGACUCCAGAACUACACGGUCUUUCCCACGUCCCAUUUUCAUGUUCGCACCCGCCACCGUAGGGAUGGAAGGAAGCAUCCAGAACUAGUGCUAGACAGAGCUCUGGAUCGGGAAGAGCAGCCAGAGCUCAGUUUAACUCUCACAGCCCUGGAUGGAGGAUCCCCACCUCGGUCUGGCACUGCCCAAGUCCACAUCCUGGUCUUAGAUAUAAACGAUAAUGCCCCAGAAUUUACGCAGUCACUCUAUGAGGUUCACAUUCUAGAGAAGAGCCCUGUUGGCUCUGUCAUUAUCACAGUCUCAGCUUCUGACUUAGAUACGGGAAAUUUUGGUGCAAUAUCAUAUGCAUUUUUCCAUGCGUCUGAAGAAAUUCUCAAAACUUUUCAACUAAAUCCCAUCACUGGUGAUAUACAGCUAGUCAAGGGUUUGGAUUAUGAAACAAUGAAUACUUAUGAAGUUGACAUAGAGGCUAAGGAUGGUGGAGGCCUUUCAGGAAAAUGUACAGUCAUAGUCCAGGUAGUAGAUGUGAACGAUAACCCGCCAGAACUGACUUUGACAUCAGUUAACAGUCCUAUCCCCGAGAAUUUGGCAGAGAUUGUAGUGGCUGUUUUCAGUGUUGCUGACUUAGACUCUGGAGAUAAUGGAAAAGUGACCUGUUUCAUCCAGAACGAUCUCCCCUUCAUCCUGAAACCAUCUAUAGAGAACUUCUACACUAUAGUGUCUGAAGGAGCACUGGACAGAGAAAGCAGAGCUGAGUACAACAUCACCAUCACAGUUACCGACAUGGGCACACCCAGGCUCACAACCCAGCACACCAUAACUGUGCAGGUGUCCGAUGUCAACGACAAUGCCCCUGCCUUCACACAAACCUCCUACACCCUGUUUGUCCAGGAGAACAACAGCCCCGCCCUGCACAUAGGCACCAUCAGUGCCACAGACUCAGAUUCAGGCUCCAAUGCCCACAUCACCUACUCGCUGCUGCCCACCCAUGACCCGCAGCUGGCUCUCUCCUCUCUCAUUUCCAUCAAUGCAGACAAUGGGCAGCUGUUCGCGCUCAGGUCUCUGGACUAUGAGGCCCUACAGACCUUCGAGUUCCGCGUGGGCGCCACAGACCAAGGCUCACCAGCGCUCAGCAGCCAGGUGCUGGUGCACGUGCUCGUGCUGGAUGCCAACGACAAUGCACCCUUUGUGCUCUACCCUCUGCAGAAUGCCUCUGCGCCCUGCACGGAGCUGCUGCCCAGGGCGGCAGAGCCAGGCUACCUGGUCACCAAGGUGGUGGCAGUGGAUCGCGACUCUGGCCAGAAUGCCUGGCUGUCAUUCCAGCUGCUCAAGGCCACGGAGCCAGGGCUAUUCAAUGUGUGGGCUCACAAUGGCGAGGUGCGCACUGCCAGGCUGCUGAGUGAGCGUGAUGCGCUCAAGCACAGGCUGCUGCUGCUGGUCAAAGACAAUGGCAAUCCUCAGAGGUCUGCCAGUGUCACUCUGCAUGUGCUGGUGGUGGAUGGCUUCUCUCAGCCCUACCUGCCUCUGCCUGAGUUGGCACAUGACUUCACACAGGAGGAAGACUCGCUCACGCUGUACCUGGUCAUUGCCUUGGCAUCUGUGUCUUCAGUCUUUCUCCUGUCUGUGCUGCUGUUCGUGGGGGUGAGGAUGUGUAGAAGGGCCAGGGCAACCUCACUGGGUGGCUGCUCUGUGCCUGGGGGUCACUUUCCUGGUCACCUGGUGGAUGUCAGUGGCACAGGAACCCUCGCCCAGAGCUACCAGUAUGAGGUGUGCCUGACUGGGGACUCUGGCACCACAGAUUUCAAAUUCUUUAACCCCAUUAUUCCUAGUAGUCUGCUUCAGGAUCCGUAGGUAAGUUUCAGUGUCCAGAAAACCGAGGUUUCAAUAACCGGAUCAAGAUUAGUUGCUUGGCUAUUAAUAUUUUAUCAGUGUA